GUCCCUCGGGUUGAUUGUGUGACUGCGGACGUCGAUUCCAGGAACGCCUAAAAGAGCAACUCCAGUUCAUUUCAACGCUGUUUACAUUGGUCUCUCAAGUGGAAAACAACAUAUAACUGCCCAAAAACUAUCGGGGGCCAUGGAGUUAAAUGGCAAAGAGGAACUCAAAGGACCCGUGUUGCAUAUCGUGGUAGUCGGAUUUCAUCACAAGAAAGGCUGUCAGGUGGAAUACUCCUACCCUCCCCUCAUCCCUGAGGAGGGCCAUGACAGCAACAACCUGCCUGAGGAGUGGAAGUACCUGCCUUUCCUUGCCCUGCCUGACGGAGCACACAACUACCAAGAAGACACCGUGUUCUUCCACCUCCCUCCUCUCGCUGGAGCAGAUGUGAAGUGUGUGUACGGAGUCUCCUGCUAUCGCCAAAUAGAAGCUAAGUCCCUGAAGGUCCGUCUGGCUGACGUCACCAGGGAGACGGUCCAGAAGAGUGUGUGUGUCCUCAGUCAAGUGCCUCUGUACGGUCUCCUACAAGCUAAACUACAGCUCAUCACACAUGCCUACUUUGAGGAGAAAGACUUCUCACAGAUUUCGAUAUUGAAGGAGUUGUAUGAACACAUGAACAGCUCUCUGAGAGGGACAGCUCUAGAGGGAUCCCAAGUGUUCCUGGGUAUGUCACCAAGAGAUUUAAUACUGCACUUUCGACACAAGGUUCUGAUCCUCUUCAAACUGAUUCUGCUGGAGAAGAAGGUCCUGUUCUACGUGUCUCCUGUCAACAGGCUAGUAGGAGCUCUGAUGACCGUACUGUCUCUGUUCCCAGGUAUGAUCGAGCACGGCCUGGCUGACUCCUCCCACUACCGGCCCAAGAGCAGCGUCUCCGAGGAGAUCACACUAGGACACUGUGUUUCUGGGGCAGAGGAUUUGGUCUCUGUUUCCGUCACCAACGCUACCGUGGAGCUAAUGGGGGAGGAAGGCUUCGGAGAGGAUCACACCACCUCCACCGUGAAUGCUUCACGGAGGACAUCGCCUUCCCCAGAGACCUCCACCCCAGCUAGGGAGAACACCCAGCUGAAGCCCCCCUCCCGGACUUCCCCAGACUCCUCGGAGAGCGACUGGGAGACACUGGAUCCCAGUGUUUUGGAGGAAGGGACUAGAGACUCUGAGACGGGGGGUUCAGGGGGUCUGGAGACAGGUAUCCCCAUCACGGUGCAGCCCCGGGGCUUGUCGGCAGGGCCAGGAGACCAGGGAGCUGUCUCUCAGGGCUCGGUGUCUGGACUGGAAGAGGACCAAUAUGGCCUGCCACUCGCCAUCUUCACCAAGGGUUAUCUGUGCCUGCCCUACAUGGCCUUGCAGCAGCACCACCUGCUGUCCGAUGUCACGGUGCGCGGCUUUGUUGCCGGGGCAACCAACAUCCUCUUCCGUCAGCAGAGGCACCUGAGUGACGCAAUCGUUGACGUGGAGGAAGCUAAGCUCCAGAUCGGGGACCCUGAGUUGAGGAAGCUGCUAGGCCUGACCACGGCUGACCUGCGUUUUGCUGACUACCUGGUCAAACACGUGACAGAGAACCGUGAGGACGUGUUUCUGGAUGGGACCGGCUGGGAGGGAGGGGACGAGUGGAUCAGGGCCCAGUUUGGACUCUACAUACACUCCCUCCUAUCCUCUACCUUACUAGAAGAUAAUGAUAAGUUGCUAGCGGACUGGGGCACUCCCUUCAUCUCAGCCUGGAGGAUCACACGCAACUACAGAGUGUGGUUCAUCAACAAGCACCCAGCCAUGGCCGAGAUCACCCCAGGUCAUCCGUUCCAAGGACAGUACAGUGCUGCUGAUCUGAAACUAAGAUUCUCACACUCGGUGCAGAACAGUGAGCGCGGGAAGAAGAUGGGGGCAGCUGUGAUCACCACCAGUCGGAGUGUUGUGCAGACUGGGAAGGCAGUAGGUCAGUCGGUGGGUGGAGCUCUGAGCAGCGCUAAGUCAGCCAUGUCCUCCUGGUUCUCUACACCGCCAGCUAUCGUACCCACUCCAGAGCCUCCGUUACCUACAGAGACCAAGCCUUGACCCCCUCACCCAGUCUCUUCUCACAGCAGCUGUCUAGUGGGAGAGGCUAGGGUUAACCUACCCUCCCUCAACAGUCCUCCCCUGACUCUCUCAAUUCAUCUUCCCUUGAUUUCUUGCACUUUUUCUCCUCAUUCUCAAACCCCAUUGGAGAAAAAAAGUCAGAGGGGGGAGGGAUCUUGGACUGUAUCCUCCAAUACAGUUGAGGCAAGGAGAUACUUCUCCUCUCAGAUCACAACAUUUUUUAUGUAACCGUUAUUUAACAAGGCAAGUCAGUUAAGAAUAAAUUAUUAUUUACAAUGACGGCCUAGGAACAGUGGGUUAACUGCCUUGUUCAGGGGGAGAACAACAGAUUUUUACCUUGUCAGCUCAGGGAUUUGAU